GCCCAGCAGUGCCACACACAAGUUCCGCCCACCUGUGCCCAGCAGUGCGCCCACCUGUGCCCAGCAGUGCGCCCAACUGUGCCACCCAGCAGUGUCACCACCUGUGCCCAGAAGUGCCACCUACCUGUGCCCAGUAGUGCCACCCACCUGUGCCCACCAGUGCCACCCACCACUGCCCAUCAGUGCAGCCCAGCAGUGCUGCCAGUCAGUGCCACCAGUCAGUGCCCAGCGGUUGUGCCAGUCAGUGCCCAGCAGUGCCGCCAGUCAGUGCCCAGCAGUGAUGUCAGUCAGUGCCACCUAUCAGUGCUGUCUAUCAGUACCCAUUAUCAGUGUUGCCUAUCAGUGCCACCAAUCAGUGCCGCAUAUCAGUGCCACCUAUCCGUGACACCUCAUUAGUGCCGCCUAUCAGUGCCUGCCCAUCAGUGCCGCCUAUCAGUGCCCAUCAGUGCUGCCUCAUCAAUGCACAUUAGUG